UUUAGAGGGUUAAAAGGACAUUUCAUUGGAAAAUUCUACUACGUGACAUCUUUAUUAAUGGACUAUGAACGUAACUUUCAUCGUCAAUAGUAUCAGUACUCAGUCUCGGGCUCGCUGUCUCGUCACCGUCAGUACUAAAUACCUCUUUCUACGAGAAACAUGGAAUUCGAACGUAAAAACUCAGAAUUAUUGGCUAUCCUCUUCGACUUGGACAACACACUUAUAGCCACCAGAAAAGCAGAUGCUAAGGCGUGCAAGAAGUUAAGUCAAACAUUGACAGAAAAGUAUACAAUUCCUUUAGAAACAUCUUCACAAAUAUGCAAUUCAUACCUGAAGGCUUUCCGAGAAUGUCCUGAUAAUCCUGACAUGGAGUUGGACACGUGGCGUGAGUACCUGUGGAGCCAAGCACUAGGAGAUCAGUAUCAUACGUUUUCAGAGUCGAUUUACCAAGAGUGGCUUAAUCUACGAUAUCAUUUUUUGGCAUUAACACCUGAAAUAACAGUUUUAUUACAAAACCUGCGGCAACAUUACUUUGUCGGUUUAAUAACUAAUGGUCCGUCUAAUGCUCAGUGGGAAAAAGUCGAACGUUUAAAACUCAAGUCAUUCUUUGAUAUAAUAUUGGUAUCUGGCGAUUUACCUUGGGAAAAACCACAUCAUAAGAUUUUUCAUGAAGCCUGUGAUUAUUUGGGCGUCGAACCACAUCAUUGUAUAAUGGUAGGGGAUAAGUUAGAGACCGACAUUUUGGGUGGCAUCAAGGCGCAAUUAGGAGGUACAGUUUGGACGCCUCUCAACAACUGCAAACUACAGGAGACCGAUCCAAAGCCAGACUUCGUCAUUGAAUAUGUAACCGAGUUACCAAGUUUGCUACCUCGAAUCAAACGGGUACCUGGUUUUAGAAAUAAUAUAGUAAGGGGGUUAAAUCGCUUCACUGUAACAGAUAUGGAUGACUGUAAUAGCAAUAGUAGCGAUGGAAGCUGAGACUUGAUAUAUUUUGUUUUGCGAGCUCAUCUUGGACUUCCACGUUAUUUAGUGAUAGAUUAAGUUCCGGGAAAAUGUUUGUAUUACUAGAUUUUAUAAACGUGAAUAUCUCCACUACUGUUAUGUAGAUAUUGUCAGUUUUAAUUUCUGUAUUCUGUAUAAAAAUAAUAAUAGGAACAAUUUUUCAGUGAGACAAUUAGAAAACGUCAGGAUCUUGCCGUAUGUUUUAACAGUUACUUCAUUUUCAGUAUUGGACACUUUUGUCUAUGAAAAUAUAGUAUUGUUUACGCUUAAUCAAUUGUGGGCCAUUGCUCAAAAGAAUCUCAAAAAUAUUUGAUUAUUUAAUUGUUUACGUAAUACAUAUAACGUUUUUUUUUAACCUGAUACUUUCAAAUGUUUCGAGAAAUAAGCACCUCCGAAAAAAUAUCAAUAAUCAAAAUUUAAUCAUAUACUUUAGUUCUAAAGUUAGUCCCUCCCCCCCAUCCCUUAUAAGUGGGGAGGGGGGUAACUUUGAAAUUUUAAAUAGGAAUCUUAAUUUUUUAUUGCAGAUUCGAAUUCUACUGUUAAAAGUAUGUAGGAUUUGUCUGAAAAAUUUUUUUCAAUUCAUGAAAGUUGGCACUGUAAUCGAUGAAAUUCAAUUUUCCUCCAUUUCUCCCACAGAGAACUUAUGUAAGUAUACGAUUCUGCAAUGUGUUGUUUAUAAUAAAAAUACCACUUUUAUGUAAAUACUCGAAAGUUAUUGCCGUUUUACCUGUAGAAAUGUAAAUGGCUGGUGGAUAAAUUACUUUUAGCGUAACUAGGAACAAUGACCUCGACAUAGUAGUUUUUUGUUCCCUUUGGGGCACUUAAUUGACCUGACUUGUUUCUUAAAGUCAUUUCUUUCUUUCUAGGUUUAUUUUGUGUUUUUGCAGUCACAAAAAAUAUGAAGAAAGAAAUAACACAAAUGUUAAAAGUAAACAU